AGCUGGAUACGGACCUUCGGAAUGAAGUUUCACAAUUUUUUGCCCCUGUUCGAAAUUUGUUUGCUUUCAAAAUAACACACGAUGAAUAUACAAUGAGUAAUUGUUGAAAUAAAAACGCAGAACUUAUUUCAGUUCCAAAAAAUUACGGUGUCCCAGUUUGCAUUUCACAUUCACGUCGUAUGUGUGUAUGUUUUUUGGCUUAGUUCCCAUGAAGUUUGGCGAGGGUUACCAAGUUUACGAGGGAUUCUAGCUAAUAUAUUUAAGUACAGUACUUUUCGGAUAUAAGCCCCCUGGUUAAAAGAUUUCCCCGCUUAUGAGGAAAUAAAAUCAGGUCACAAAAAAUUCCACAUAGGCAAUGUACAGAAAAAUCCCUCGUUAAUGUGUUCCCGCUUAUAAUAUUGAAAAUGUGCCAGCCAUUUAAAGAAAUUUAUACAAAAAUCCCCGGAUAUAAGAAUGAAAAAUCUGACAACAUUUAUUUGAUUUUUUUUUGCGGUAUGGCAAUCUGUAAAAACAUAUGUUUGUUGAUUAAUUUUAUGUUUGCAAAAUUUAUUAGGGUUUAUUUUUUUACAGUAUGGCUGGUAACAAAAGAAAGGCAAAAUUUAUAACUGCACCCACUGAUUAGAAAUUUGAAGAUACAAUUGCUGAAGUAGAAAAAAUCGUUGAGAGCCUGGCAGAUGCAAAUACACAAAGCUCAUUUGAAACAUAUAUUUAGGGAGUUCACAAGUCGUACUAUUUGUGGUAUUUGGUCUAUUGCCUAUUAAAUUAUGAUAGUUGUAAAACGAAUCUUGUGAGCGCCCUGUACUAUUUAAUGCACUAUUGCAUGCGCUAUUUCUGCAAUUAAUCAGCUGAUUCAAGCAAAACAAAAAAAAAUCAUAAAAAUUAAAAUGCCUAGAAGAAGUGAAAAGAGCAAAUUAAAGCUGCAAUUUGCGAAAAAUACUUACAAGACAUACUCAUGUUGGAAUUAAGUGAUGACGAUGAGCAGGAAGAAGUGGAUGAACAAUUUAGAGUGAAUAUGCUUAUAUUAUUGAACAAUCGCCGAAGUGCUCACUUAGGAGUUCCUAAGUCGAACCAUUGGGAGCGGAAUGUAUUAAAGCAUUUUGACGAAAACAGAUUUUGCCAAAUGAUGCGCUUAAACCAAACAGAAUUUGCUUACCUUCUAAACUUAAUAAAAGAUGAUAAUGUGUUUCGAAAUGAUUAUAACGCAGCACAACUUUCGAUCGAUACACAACUUAAGAUCGUCCUUUUUCGAUUAGGAUCAUCAGGUGAAGGACUUUCGGUUCGUAAAGUGGCAUCCUUGUUUGGUAUAGGAGAUGGCGGUACCAUUCAGAUCGUAACCAGGCGAGUUUUUAAUGCUAUUAUUAACUUGAAACAAAGGUUUUUAUACUGGCCCGAUGAAAGGGAGCGAUUAAAGCUUAUUGCAGCAACAGAAAAGGAAAUGCCUGGGUGUGUUGGAUACAUUGAUGGGUCUGAAAUUAAGUUGGCCGAAGCACCUGUGAGGAAUCACGAAAUAUUUUUUUCCCGUAAGCGCCAAUAUUCUGUAAAAAUUCAAGUUAUUUGUGAUCAUCGGCUACGCAUAAGACAACUUACACUUGGUUACCCGGGAAGUGUUCAUGAUGCGAAAAUGUUCUCGGGAUGUUUGCUGUCAAAACAUCCCAAUAGAUUUUUGUCAACCUCGCAAUGGAUAGCUGGAGAUAGUGCAUAUCCAUUAAGGCCAUUUUUAGUAACCCCGUUUCGGCAAAAUAGUACAGAAUAUAGCAGAGAAGAAAGAGAAAAUUUCAAUAAAUACUUUUCCAAAUACCGCGUACGUAUUGAAAAUUGUUUGGGGGCCUUGAAAGAAAAAUUUUCAAGUCUAAAAGAACUCAAGUUCAGAUUGCACACUAUCCAAACAAGAGAGAGUGUAAUGAGUGGAUAAUGGUCUGUUGUAUUUUGCACAACAUUUUUAUAAAUUUCAACAACGAAUAUCAUGAAAGCAGCGUGGAACCCAGUGUAAAUUUAUUACCAUCAACAAACCUUAGACAUAGUCUACUGAACUUUAUUCAAAACCAUCCUAUUGUUUAACGCUUUUACUUAUGUAUAUAAAUAUUCAUUGAAUUGAAAAAAUUAACUUUACCUACUAGUAUUACCCUCUACUUUACCUGUACAUAAUUCGGUAUGACGCUAUGCUUUCAAAUGUUACAAAAAAUAAACGAUUAAUU